AUGGCUCUGCUGGGCCCAUCACUCCUGCUCUGCCUCAUCCUUGUUUCGUCGUGCUGUGCCGGCUGCGUGGAGGUGGACUCCCACACCGAGGCCGUUUUUGGGAUGACCUUCAAGAUCCUCUGCAUUUCUUGCAAGAAGCGGAGCGAGACCUCGGCCGAGGCCUACACGGAGUGGUACUUCAGGGAGAAGGGCACUGAGACCUUCACCAGGAUCCUGCGUUACGACCCUGAUGCGCUGCUGGAGGUGGUGGACGAGCGGUUCCAGGAUCUGGUGGUGUGGAACGGCAGCAAGAACACGCGGGAUCUGCAGGAUCUGUCCAUCUUCCUGACCAACGUGACCUACGCGCAGGCGGGCGAGUACCUGUGCCGCGUCGACCGCAACCUCACCUUCGAUGGCUACGUCUACAACAUCGUCAUCAACAAGACCAUCCACGUCGAGGUGGUGGACAAGGCGAACCGGGACAUGGCGUCCAUCGUGUCAGAGAUCAUGAUGUAUGUGCUCAUCGUGGUGCUCACCAUCUGGCUGGUGGCUGAGAUGAUUUAUUGCUACCAGAAGAUCGCGGCGGCCACGGAGGCAGCUGCACAGGAGAAUGCCUCCGAGUACCUGGCCAUCACGUCGGAGAGCAAGGAGAACUGUGCCGGGGUGCAGGUGGCGGAAUAG